AUUCAAGACACAGAGACUGUUCUGUCCAUCAACAACAUCAAACUAUGGAUUCAAAUCAAUUUGUUUCAAUCUUUUCUUUCCUUUUACUCUUUCAUCAAUCACAAGCUCGAGCUCUGGCCUCUCCCUCUCCACUGUUUUCCCCAUCACCGGCGCCUGAGCCUAGUAACAUUGGGUGUUGGCUUCAGCCAAAUCGUAAUUGUCAUAACAGAAGCUUAACGGCGUGCGUCGAUCCUUCGUCAGCCGGUUCAAAGGAAGUAAUAUUACUUGUGAAGAAUGAAGGCGAGACAACCCUAACAGUGAACGUUAGUAUGUUACACGGCAAGGCCAAGCAUGUAAACACCACGCAAAUACCACCUCACCGAAUUAAAGAGGUUAAAAUCACAACAAAUAUUGGUGGGAAUUCGUCCGUACAAAUUGAAGCCGAGAACAUGGGGUGUGUGAUUUACUUGGUGUCUGCAGCAUCGAGUGGCGGCGGCAUCUUUGAUUACAUCCCUUUGGCUACACAUAUAAACCCCAUUAAUGGAGCCUCGUUGCUGAUCCUAACCGGUCUGAUCAUCGGCAGUUGUUGCGUCUGCUACAAGCGAGGCAUAAGGGGCGACGGAACCCCGUACCAGCAGCUCGAAAUGGCGCAGCCUGCUUCGACUAACAAUGUGGAAACGACUCGAGGUUGGGAACAAGAUUGGGACGACGACUGGCGUCAAAUGCCCAACGAUUCGUCAGUAAAUGGCCUUUCUUCAAGGCCUACUAAGCGAGAUGAUUAGAUAGCUCACAUUGUUGUUAGUUUGAAUAUUGAAAAACAAAAGGCCCACCAAGUGUUUGUAGACUGAAAGCUGAUGACAUUUGAUUGAG